CAACAAUGGAAGCCUGUGCAAGCAAUCGACAUCACCGUGAUCACGCAUGUGUGGCUGUGCAGAAGCAGGCGGAGAAGUGAAUGAGGAUGACAUCCUUUCAGUGAGAGCCUCUUGUUGCCUUUGUCCAACAGAGGGCUCCUUCAAUGAGCUUCUAAGACUACCUACCUUCACAUAGAGUGUCCGUGCCGAUGACUUGAUUAAAACACCCUAAUGGAGCUUCUGACAUCUGAUGUCCUUUUUCUUGUGUAGCUAUAACGCUUGGAUUAAGGUGGUCCAUACCCCAGCUGACUUGCAGACAACAACAGAGGACCCUGCAAUGUGACUUUUACCCAAAACGACAAUCUGCAGGGCUUAAGCAUGCCUUUGCCAGCAUCGCCGUGGAUUGUCAGUUGUGGUGGUGACACAAUCAAGUUAUGGGACCUGGAGAAGAACUUUUGGACUGUUGGCGCAGACGGCUGCCAUGCAGCCACAGUGUCUUACUCCCCAAAAGUUGGGAGUGCGGUUCUGUGCGCCAGAUGGAAUCACACAAACUAUGUUGUGGCAAGCGCGGGCGAAGACCCCUGUAUUACCAUGUGGACAUCUCAAGGCCAGCGGUUGGGGUCGAUCCCAGACGGACCGGUGGAGAAGUCGGAGGAGAAGAUGCACGCGCUCUGCUUCAGCCGGCGCUCGCGCAUGAUGAUUACCGCAGGGAGCGGCCCCGUGAUCCGCGUCUGGGACAUGAAACGCCGCGUGUGCACGCAGAAGCUCUCCGGCCACACCGGCACCGUCACGGCCGUUGCCAUGAACGCAAAGGACGAGCAGCUGGCGUCUGUGAGCGAUAAGGGGACGCUGUGCCUGCAUAACCUGAACUCGGGGGCGCGCGUGGCGCAGCUGAAAGAUCCGGAGGGGCAGGCGCUCCAGGCCGUCGAAUACUCGCCCCACGCGAAACACCUUUUGGCGACGGCGGGAGACGGGGGCGCUGUCCACCUCUGGAAUGCAACGUCCCGCAAAGUCGAGCGGUCCUGGAAACGGGCGCACGCAGCGCCUGUAAUGGGGCUCUGUUUCUCGCCGACGGAUCCCAAGGUUCUGGUGACUGUCGGUCUCGACAAGCGCCUAGUGAUCAUCGACCCCACCUCCAGCGCUCCCCCGUUCCGCGUCUCUGCCGAGGUGCCCCUCUCGUGCGCGCACUUCAAAGACGACGGCGUGACGGUGGCAGUGGGCACAACGGACGGGCGGAUCCUCUUUUACGACGUCCGGGUCCGGGUCUGGAAGACGCAACAGACGUUGCAAGCGUUCAAAAAAUCAGUGCAAGUCACGUGCGUCCAGUGGCAGAGUUCCCUGCACGCCGACGAAAGCGACGCCGAGCACGCCGAGCCCGCCGCCCCAACGGUCGAAGUCAACUUCCAGCCCGAAAUCGACCUCCGAUCCGUUCCCGCCAACUUGAGGGGCACCGACAAGGUCAUGGCCAGCUUAGGCUCGGCCCUAUUCUCACCGAGGGACAAAGCCAAUGACCUGCACGGUGUGAAUGGAGGCCUGCACACGCCAGCGCGUGGCGGGGGGGAAAGGAUCCCCAGCGAGAUGGACGUUUUCUCCCCCCUCGUAGAGGUGCAGCCGAUCACGCCGUACGUUCCGAAGCACUGGGAGGGCGAAAAGAGCGGUGCUGAAUCGUUGCGGGGGGGCGAGAGAGACGGCGGUCUCAAUGCCCGUCUACCAGGCAGCAGGCUGAGCUUCACAGAGGUGGCAAACCGCCCGGUUGACGGGCCAACGAGAUCGGGGGAAAGUUCCCCGGGAGCUCGUAUGCCUGGUAAAGACUUCGAAAGCCGCCUGGGGGGUCUAGAAGCGCGCCUGGGGGAGCCCCCCUCGGCGCAGUUGUCGAGCGUGAGCGACCUGCGGCAGGAGGCCAAGCGAAAGCUUCAGGCGUCCAUCUCGGCGAAAGCCGGUGGCGGCGCGAGACCUUUCGUAAGUGCCCGGGAGGAAGAACCGGGCACCUCAGCUCAGUCGUCCGCAUACACAAGAAGACCCAGCACAGGCGGCUCGAGAUCCGGCCCGUUUGACCGAGACCCGCAACAGGACCCCCUGCAUAACCCGCCACUAACCACUCGAAACCCGUCCCUUGACCAGCUGAUGUCAACAACCGGGCUGCCCCCCCGGUACUCACACCUCCCAACGUCGCUCGAAGCUACCCCCGCAGACAGAGCUUUCGGCGCACCCCCCAAGCCCGGGACUUUCACCUCCACCAUGUACGCAUCCGCACGCCUCCUGGCCGAUUCUCGAAACACCCCCCCUCCGGAAGCCCCCACCGCACCCCCCCAAAACGAGAGCCUCUCGUUUGGCAGCCCGGUCGCACCCUCCGACGCCCACAGGUCCCUUCCCCGGUAUGACGUCACCCCCUCGAUGAUCGCUAGCCCCGCACAGUCGUAUGAUAGCACCGCGCGCCCGCUGACGUCAUCCGCUGUACUGUCUGGCCGGGAUACCAUCUCCCCGGACUGGCUCUCAUCGAGAUCCACGCCCGACGUGCGGAAAGCGGAAGCUGCCGCCGCACCAAAUGCACACGUGUCGAUGCGCCCAGACGCCCCUUUUUCGGCCGCCGCUGCCAGCGCUGCCCCUAGCGUCUCUGAAACAGAAAGCAGCUCCGGCCGGCAGAGCUUCCCGCAGACACGAAGACCGAGUUCUACAGACCCGCCGCGAGCCUCAGAACCCCGGGGAGGCUUUGCGCAUCAAGACGGAUUUUCACACCAGCGCGAGAACGGGAGUCCUGGGAGUCGGCGGGUGUCCGACGGAUCUCUGGGAGCGGACAGAGGAACGGGAAUCGGACGGAAGCAGGAGUUUGGACAGGGGAAGGACGUCCGAUGGCACGAGAACGCGAUCGUCGGAGUGGAUGCCGACAGCAGGCCGCCGUCGGAGCCGCAAAGCGUGGCCCCCACGCCGCACGCACAGCCGUUCUCGCUCCAGCUGGUGCAGCGCGCGCUGGAGGACAGCCUGGCGCCGCUGCAGCGCGCGUUCCAUCAGGACGUGCACAACCUGCACCUCGAGCUGCUGCGGCAGUUCCACAUACAGCAGGGAGAGACGCAAGCACUUGUUGCGUCCAUUCUAGAGCGGCAAGCGGCGCUGGAAGAAGAAGUGAAGGCCUUGAGGAAGGAGAACCAGCAACUCAAACACUUCUUUUGAGACUUAACGGUUUGAUCUGAGUUGUACAUGUGUUGAUACGAUAAGGGCAUUGUCGAACAGACCUUGAUGGCUCCCAGUGAUGAAGCUAUACCUCUACCGAACGUUCAUUCUCAGUUCCAACCAGAGUUCUUGCUGCCAGUAAUUUGAACCGUCUCGUGACUCCUUUUACCCGCUACGUUCUACACAUCUGAGUUUACUUUUGAAAUACCUUUACUGUUAAAGUGAC